GUCAUGAUAGCCACCGAUGUUGCGGCAAGAGGGCUGGACAUCGAGAAGGUAGGUCUGGUGGUCAAUUAUGACUUCCCGGACACCAUUGACUCGUACGUGCACCGCAUCGGCCGCACGGGGCGCAUCGGGAACAAGGGCCGAGCAAUCACCUUCAUCGCGUGCGACGACGACAGCGAGCUCACUAUCGAGAACUCGGACGUGCUGAAGCAGCUCCUGGGUAUCAUGAAGGAUGCCGGUGCCGAGAUCCCGCAUUGGCUCGAGCCCCUGGUGGAGAGGAGCAUCGAGGCGAAGGGGUCCUACAGCAAGUGGGGCGGCAAGG